AUGUGCAUGAUGGGAGCUUCUGUUGAUCCUCUGGUAGUAGGGCGGGUGAUUGGGGACGUGAUAGACAUGUUCGUUCCGUCUGUAGGGAUGUCCGUCUACUACGGCUCAAAGCACGUGACCAAUGGGUGCGACAUCAAGCCUUCCAUGGCUACAAGCCCACCCAAGGUUACUCUCACUGGCGGCAACAUUCACAGCCUCUACACCCUCGUUAUGACUGAUCCAGAUGCACCAAGUCCUAGUGAACCAACCAUGCGCGAGUGGCUUCAUUGGGUCGUUGUUGACAUUCCUGGCGGUACAAAUCCCACCCAAGGAAAGGAGAUAGUAGCUUAUAUGGGACCUCGGCCACCUGUGGGAAUUCACCGAUACAUACUGAUAUUGUUUGAGCAGAAGGGAGUUUUAGGGGGAGUGGAACAACCAGCUGCACGCGCGAGUUUCAACACUCGCUAUUUUGCCAGACAAUUCAAUUUAGGACUUCCGGUCGCCACAGUUUAUUUCAACUCCCAGAAAGAGCCUGCUUCUAAGAGACGUUGAUCAUUCUCAAUCAAUCAACUAUAUAUGCAU